AUGCGAUUCAUAUUGGCGAUGACGAGGCUGCAGCUCGCGGUCGCUGUCGCCGUGGCGCCCGGUCCUCCGGGUUCCUGUUCCACUUCCACAGCAGUUCGACGACCCCCGCGCCAUAUCUCGCGCUGCCGGGGCCUCCUUCCAGGCGCAAUGUCGGUCGUCGCCGCUGCCGCCUCCAUUCACCCCAGCGCCACCGCCGACGGGUCCCCGCCGCAGAUGGCGACGACGCGUCUCGAGCGCGGGUCCCUGCUGGUCGGCGGGCGCGAGCUCCUCUCCCAGUGCCCGCCCGAGGUCACCCUACGCGCGGCCGUCGCUGACGCCGCCCCGGGCGCCGCGUUCCUCGGCGCCAGCGCGGCGGCGCCGUCCAGCCGCCACGUCUUCUCCCUCGGCACCAUCCCCAAAGGAUGGAGGUGGCUGUCGCUGUUCAAGUUGAAGAUCUGGUGGAUGGCCCCGAAGACGGGCGCGGACGCGGCGGGCGUGCCGGCGGAGACGCAGAUGCUGCUUCUGGAGAAGAGGGGGAACGGGGCCGAGGACGCGGGGUACGCUCUGAUGCUGCCAGCCCUCCAUGGCGAUUUCCGGGCUAGCCUCCAAGGGAGUCCCGAGAAUGAGCUCCAAUUCUGCUUCGAGAGUGGUGAUCCUGAUGUGCAGACGAAGGACGCUGUUGAUGCGGUAUUCGUCAACUCAGGGGAUAAUCCUUUCAAGCUUAUUAAGGAAUCAAUCAAGGUACUGUCCAAGAUCAAAGGAACUUUCAGUCAUAUAGAGAGCAAGGAGACCCCUGCAAACUUAGACUGGUUUGGAUGGUGCACUUGGGAUGCAUUUUAUAAAGCUGUCAACCCAGUAGGGAUUGAAGAGGGCCUUCAAAGUUUGCGUGAAGGAGGCGCACCACCAAGGUUUCUGAUUAUAGAUGAUGGUUGGCAAGAAAUAGUUAACGAAUUCAAGGAAGUGGAUGGAGCUCUUGUUGAAGAGACUGUGUUUGCAGAGAGGCUGGUUGAUCUGAAGGAGAAUGACAAGUUCAGGGGAGAAGCCUGCAAGAAUCUGGGAGAUCUUGUCAAGAAAAUCAAAGAGACACAUGGAGUCAAGUACGUCUACGCAUGGCAUGCUUUACUUGGGUAUUGGGGAGGUGUCUGUACAUCAUCGGACGUGAUGGAGAAGUACAAUCCAAAACUAGUUUACCCCGUCCAGUCUCCUGGUGAUGUUGCAAAUUUGAGGGAUGUAGCCAUGGACAGCUUGGAGAAAUAUGGAGUUGGUAUCAUUGAUCCUGAGAAGAUAUAUGAAUUCUACAAUGAUCAGCACAGUUACCUUUCUAGUGUGGGUGUGGAUGGUGUGAAGGUAGAUGUGCAAAAUGUGAUGGAGACUCUCGGGCAUGGCUUCGGUGGUCGUGUUGCAUUAACUCGAAAGUAUCAACAUGCUCUUGAGGAAUCUAUUGCUCGGAACUUCAAAGGAAAUAAUCUAAUAUGCUGCAUGAGUCACAGUUCAGACCACAUCUAUAGUGCCUUGAAGAGUGCAGUUGCUAGAGCAUCAGAAGAUUUCAUGCCACGGGAACCAACACUGCAAACUCUGCACAUUGCUAAUGUAGCAUUCAAUAGCCUUUUAUUGGGAGAAAUUUUCAUCCCGGACUGGGAUAUGUUCCAAAGCAAGCAUGAAACAGCGGAAUUUCAUGGAGCAGCUAGAGCUCUAAGUGGAGGUGGUGUUUAUGUCAGUGACAAACCAGGAGUGCACGAUUUCAAUGUUCUGAAAAAGCUUGUUCUACCAGAUGGCUCGAUUCUAAGAGCAAGGUAUGCUGGUCGUCCUACCCGCGAUUGCCUGUUCAAUGACCCAGUCAUGGAUGGUAAAAGUCUGCUGAAAAUAUGGAACCUGAACAAUUUGUCUGCUGCUGUCGGAGUAUUCAAUUGUCAGGGAGCUGGAAACUGGACUUGGUUAGUCGAAGAAAUUUCACAUGUUCCCACCGCCGUUAACAUAACCGGUCAGCUCUCGCCAUCAGAUGUAGAGUCUCUCGAGGAGAUUGCUGGUGAUGAUUGGAAUGGAGAGACUGCAGUAUAUGCUUUCAAUUCAUGUUCUCUUUCAAGGCUCCAGAAGCACCAAAGUUUGGAGCUGUCAUUGGUCACUAUGACAUGUGAGAUCUAUACCAUAUCACCGAUACAGGUUUACGGUGGGGCUGUUCGGUUCGCACCACUUGGACUGCUCAACAUGUUCAACUCCGGUGGCGCACUCGACAGUAUCACAGGCACAGUUGAUUCUUCGGCUACGACAGUUCAGAUCAAAUGCCGAGGGCCAGGACGUUUGGGGGCGUAUUCAUCUGCUAGGCCGGCACUCUGCAGAGUUGAUGCGCAUGAAGUAGAGUUCAGUCAUUCUGAUGAUGGCUUGCUGGCAUUUGAUCUCUCAGAUGGAUCUUCCCACAGCAGCCUCUGGAACAUCGAGAUUCUCUACACAGCCUCCUGA